CUUUGAUUUACUUGCAUUUGCAUCUUGAUUUUUGCAGUGGAAAUAAAAAUCAAUAAUCAUCUGAUUUUCCAGUACAAUAAUAAUAAAUCACAAUAAAUUAAAACUCAAAUAAAUUUUAGUUAACAAAAGGUUAGUUGCUUAUAAACAAUUAAUCAGAAUGGAUGUCACUGAAUGGGAUGUUGAAAAGUACAAAGUGGAGCACGAAUGUGAUGAACAUUGGGAUUUAAGAAAAAGUUUUUUAGAAGCACACAAAGAUAGAUUUGCAAUUGAUCAAUUAGUUUGUUUAGCACAAGUUUUUACCAAUAUUGAGCUUUUAGGAUGCAGAUAUCCAGAAGAAACAAUGGAUUUAGUAGCAGAAUUAUCUGAAGACAUUGCCAAGGAUUAUCGUGAAAGACAAAAAACAAAAUUACAAAGAACAUUUGUCAAAGCAUCUGAUGCUGCAAGUUCAAAGGCCAAAGGACGAUCUAGUACAACACCAAGCUCAACAAACUCAUCACCAAUAACAAAAAAUUUUGAUAAUAAUAAAAAUGAUAAUGUAAGAAAAUAUGAAACAAAUGAUGAUAAUAUAUCAUGUAAAAAAACAAGAAUAGAUAAAAAUAAUCAACCAUAUGGCAAAUUAGUAUUAUUUCAAUACCCUAAUCAAGCUCCCGCAAGUAUUAUUGAUUCAUUAGGCCGAUUAAGUGCCCAACCAAUUGAAUGCAAACAUGAAGUUAAAAAACUCGAUGAUGAUAAGAAUGAUUGUAAAUGUGAAAUAUUCAUUGGUGGAAAAUUUUUAUCAAGUGGAAAUGGAAAAACUAAAAAACUUGCAAGAGCAGCUGCAUCAGAAAUUGGUUUACAAAUACUCCGAAAAUAUUAUUACCUAAUUGAGGUAAAAACAGAGUGGAAAGAUAAUUUAAUAGGUGAUUCAAAUAAAUUAGUAAAAACAGAUGAAUCAGAAAAUUCAUCUUGUGAUAAGAAAAAAAAUGAAUCUGAUAAAUUAUUAGGUGAUAAUGUUGGUGCAAAAUUAAUGAAAUUAAUGGGUUGGGCUGGUGGUGGUCUUGGUAAAUCAGAACAAGGAAUAACUGAACCAGUAACAGUUGAUAAAACAAUAUCAAGACGUGGUUUUGGUAUGAAACUUACAUCUAAAAAUAUGCGACAAUUUAAACAAAAAUGUUUACAAACAUUUAAACAGUAUAUUAUUGAUGGUGAUAAAAAUGAUUUGAUAUUUGCUGAUUUUGAAAAAGAAGAAAGAGCAAUAAUGCAUCAAUGUGCAAAACAAGUUGGUUUGAAAAGUAACAGUAUCAAUCGAAAUGGUAAACGUACAUUACUUGUUAGUCGCAAAAUUGAUCCAAAUGAUCUUGUUGAUGAACUUUUAACAGUUGGUGGAUCAACUGAAAAAUAUACUUUAUUAUUUCCUACUGAUAACUAAAU